AAUUUGGAUUGAUAUACUUUGAAUGUGGCGUUUUUUCAACGUAAAGUGCAUAAAAUGUGUUAAAUGUGAGGCCGCACUAUUUAUUAAUUUAAUCAAAUCGAUUACAGCAUCAAAAUAUCAACUGUGACAUUUUUAUUAGUGACAUAACAGACACAUAACCUCAACGCGGUUUAUUUUCUUGGUAAAAUGGCUGGAAUGUACGUGCUGAACAGCGCAAUUUUAACGAAAUUCGCGCGUCCGGCCGGCCGCAGAUUGGUUUCGACGACCAAAAAGAACAACGAAACAGUCACGGCAGAGGCCUGCACCACCAAGCCCCAGGCCGUCGUCGAGAAGAACUGGAUCAGCUAUGGGUUCCACCACAAGUCGAAACAGGGCGACAGGAACGCCAUGCACUCGGUGUUCUUCGCCUCAGUCACCCUGGGCAUUGCCGUCGCCGGCUUCUUCCUCGCCUACCUGCCCGAUUUCGGGCUAAAGGACUGGGCACAGCGUGAGGCCUUCAUACAGCUUAAGUACAGGGAGGAAAAUGGUCUGCCGCUUGUGGACCCCAAUUACAUUGACCCAGCUAAAAUUAAUCUGCCCUCGGAUGAAGAACUAGGCAAUACUGAAAUUAUUAUUUAAAUUGUGUUGGUGUCGAUAAUAAAUUGUAUAUAUUAGUUUAAA